GUGCACUGAUAAGAAGUUGCACAACUCAUGCAACGAUCACACAAGAUAAAAUGGCUGCUGGAGCCGACCCGGCCGCAGCCUCCUGUGCGAAAGCUCUCGCGGCUUUCGUCGAAAGAGGAAAAGCUUUGCUGGAACGAGCCGAGAUUCAGAGCCGGGAAGGCUCUCCCCAGGACUUCAUCAGGCAGAAAAUCCGCAUCGAGCAGAAACAGUCACUGCUGGGUCUGAUUGAAGCUGCUGCAGAUCUGUACAGAAGUCUGUCUGUUAAUAAGAAAGCGGACGCAGAGCACCUGUGGAGAAUAAACAAUCACUGUGCUGCUUUACGGGCCGUGCUGACGGACUUUAAACAACUAGAAGUGCAGUGGGAUUCCUUUCUGCAGCGUUUGGAUGAUGAGUUACAACUGAGUGCUAAAACUCUGGAGAGAGACCAUCCGUCAAAAUGCGUUUCACCAGAUACAUCUCUCAUCAGUGCCAGAACAGGAGAAGAAGUGAGGUUAGAGAAAUAUCUCGGCAGAGGUAAAAAGAUCCUGCUGGUGUUAAUCCGACAGUUCUCCUGUCUGCUCUGCCGGCUCCAUCUCAAAGAUCUGGAGAAGAAUCAGAGGUCCCUGGACGCACAUUCGAUUGAAGCGGUGGUCGUUUCUUUCGGCUGUCAGGAGGGAGCGCUACACUGGCUGCAGGAGACUGGCUGUCAAUACGACAUGCUGCUGGACCCUGAGAGGAAGACGUACGCAGCAUUCGGCCUGGGAGCGUCUCUAAAGAAAGUGUUAAACUUCAGUAACAUGCUGCUGUACGCCGAGUACGUGGCCGACGACAUGGAGUUUCCACGAGAGCUUCCAUCGAUUCAGGACGACAUGUUUCAGUUGGGAGGUGACUUUGUUUUGGGCGAACAUGGGAGGGUGCUGUUCUCUCACUGCUGUCAGAGCCCCAUAGACAGACCCUCAGUGGACCUCAUCUUAUCUGCAGUGGGAAGAUGAAACUGUAACUAAUAUAUAGAUAUAAUAUACAUGUAUUUAUAUAUAUAUAAUGUGACAAUCAGCUUUAAGAGACAAAUGAAAAGGUCACUGCACCAUUAACUUGCCUUAAUCUUACUUUUAUAACACAACUGAUUGAACUCUGUAAAGGAAAUUAAAUAAAUGACAUUAAUGCCUUCAGAGAAACUGUACAAUAUGUAACAUUUCCGCAAUAAAAUGCUAAAAAAAAUGA